CUGGGUCAGUUCCAUGAUGGCUGAAGAUCCUGGAGGAGCUUACCGCAUUUUCUCUUUCAUUUUUCUCCGUUUUUCGCCACCUCUGCUACAGACAUGGCAGGGCGCACAGUCUCGGUAAACGGCCACAGUCUUGCGUCGUCGUCAUGCCCAAGAAAGGGAACAGAAAACGGCUGAAAUUUCGAGCCGACGAUGUUUGCUCGGAGUCAGUAACGGUGGCUGACUACGCCAACGCGGAUCCUGCUAUCGUGAAGUCGGGACGAGUGAAAAAGGCUGUUGCCAAUGCAAUUGAAAAAGAAGUGAAAUUACUCUGUGGGCUCGAAGCCUCCCAGGGUCCUGUACAGGAAGUUCUGUCGUCAGCAUCUGGUGUAAGUAAAGAUGUGCGUGACAGUAGUGAGGAGCUUGAUUCAGAGGAAGGUGAUGGCGAAGGCAAGGUGUCGCGUAAGAAGAAAAACAAGAGACGUAAAGAAAAUGGUGAAUGCACCGAUGGAGAAGAGUAUCCCAUUGACAUAUGGCAUGUUCUUGCUGCAUACAUACGCCCUGAAGACGUCUGCAGGUUUGCACUGAUCUGCAAGAAUGCCUGGACUGUCACAUGCACUGCAGCAUUUUGGACUAGACUGUAUAAGAGACACUACAGUCUUGAUGCAGACCUCCCCUCUCGCCUUCAGCCAGGCUCCAUUUCAAAGAUGCAUUGUCUACGUGCUCGUGUAAUCCGCUCCCUCUUUCAUCUGUACGAGCCAUUCAGCCUGCGAGUGUCCAAGUGUCCCCCUCUACCUGAGUCUACUCCAACCACACUACUCAAUUCCAAGUGCUUGCUGUUUUGGGUCAACAAAGUGUCCGGAACUAGAGCUGAGACCAUGUGGGAAUUCAACUUCAAGUUUGUGAAGCAGCCAGCUAAGGUGAAGAACGGCUGUCACCAGGGACUGGAGCUGCCCAGGCUGUAUAAGGACGUCCUCACCAACCCAGACUCUGAUUGCUACCUGUUGCGUGUCACCACCCUCAACUUCAUCUUCACUUCCGUUGUCAUGGGAAUGACACUAACCAUGUUCACCAUUAACGUGAGCACAGACAUGAGGCACCACCGGGUGCGGCUGGAAUUCCAGGACUCCCCCAUGGUCCGGGGCAAGAGGUUGCGAGGAGAACCGGGCACUCAGGUGGUGCUGGACCCUGUCCACAGUGUGCGUCUCAUGGACUGGUGGCACCCUCAGUACCCCAUAUCCUCAUGCACUUAGAUCAGCCACACUUAACCAGAGUGGUGAAUUAAGGCCUGCUUCCACCAUCGCGAAUCAUUCUGCACUGCCUUUUCUCUGAUGUUUUGUGUUGUGUGCUUGUGUUAUGCAGUACUGCUUGGAUUGUAGAGUCUCUAAUUGUGCCGGUGGAAACAGGCCUUAUGUGCUUUGUUCUUGUGGAUUUUUGGGUUGAAGUUGCUCUUAAAUGCUGGCGUACACAAAGGGCCCCAUCUUACCCAACUCUAAAUACUCGAAGAGAAAGACUGGUUUUAGAUCUAUGCAAAAGGGCAACUUCCAUCCGUUAUGUGGCAAAGCAGACAGGGCAUUAAAACAAAUAAGCUGAAAGGAAGAAACACGGCGUCUUUGCAUGCGCCCUUCCAUGUUUGUGUCAUCCAAGUUUUAUUUGUACUGUUUAAUCCAGUACCCUCAGGCUGUUCUGUAUGACUGAACAUGACGUGUGCAAGAAAGUGUUCCUGAUUUACUCCAUUAUGUAUAGAUGGUCAGGUUUUUGACAGUAAUUAUGUGUAGUGGCAUAUGUAUCAAUGAUGGUAUGUACUCUGCCUGAUUUAAGCUAAAGCAACACAUGAAGUUGAAAACGGAACAAAUAUUAAUAGCUACAAACUUAGAGCAGAUUUCAAAGGCAGCUGAUACCAUCUUUCAGAUAUUCCACUCUAACCUUGAAGGGUCUGUCUGCGGAGCACAAGAACUCAGCUGACCUUUACGAGCAUGUCGAAUCCUGUGUAUUUAAUUCAAUGGUGCAGCCCUUUCUCAGUGUAAACUACCUUAAGUAGCUUUUAGCCAUGUGUUAGCUGUAGGUGCAAAGGAGUUGCCGUUUUCUAGACUUGAGUGUUUGCUUCAUGGGGCUUCUGAAUGCAGCUUUUUGGCUUUACAAUCAUGCAUGUUUGGCUAAUUAAAUGGCUUGCAGAUGAAUGUACACAGAAGGCAAGUUUCCCUUCUCAGUAUUUUUCUUUGCCUGAGUGUCUUUUUGUGUUUUAAGAGAAAAUCAGAAAAAAUAUUAACAUGCAAGUAAACCUGCAGUAGAAAUGUCACUCAGACUUCUUUAUCGUAUGGGAUGUGCCACUGGAAUCUUUUUUUCCACCCUGAUGAAAGUUGAAAAAACGAUUGAGCGGCGGGGACUCGACAGGUUUAUUGUAAUAAAUAAAUCAACCCGUCAGUAACGUUUGUUUCUCUAAUGAAGGCUCAAAAGAGAAACCCUGCCACCCAGUGGUGUCCAGUACUGUGUGGAGGUAAUGUUGGGGUUUUAUGCACUAAAUUAAAAGGUGUUAACAAAUUAAAGUAACAUACAGAAAACCAAAAGUGAUUAUCAGUGGGGUACUAAUGCAAUGCUGAAAGCAUUUUUGGGUAAAACAUGGAUGAAUAUUUUUGUUGUGUUCAGUAAAUAUUUUUUGAGAUUAUUAAAUCACUUUAAUUUGCUGAAUUAAAGUCCUGCAAUUCACUAAAUUAAAUUUACACAGAAAUGAAAUUGAAGCUGCAUUCAUAAAUUAAGGGGGGAAAUGUGGGGGAAAUAAAGAUUUUAUUUUCUGGUUGUACAUUGCUUGUUUCUAAUUGCACAUAUACAUUUUUCUUUGGUUCUGGGAGCAGCCUGUUGACAUUUUGACUUGGGAGGUCAAAAUUCUGAUGUUGAAAUAAUGACUUUCUUAAAAUGACUGUGCUGAAGAAAUGACUUCAUCUGAAUGUUGAUAAAAUACUGAUGUUAUUCUUUAGGAA